GGAACCCCGGACUUAUAACAGUUUCUGUAGCCACUGGAGGAGUGGAAAUAGCUGAUGACUAGAUGACUAUUAGGAUUCGGGGCGUCGGGACUAGAGAGCAGAGACUGCUCCUUCGAGUCAGCCACCCAUCGAUUCAAAACGCCCACCCCCCCGUUGGUUUCUCCGAUCCAAACUAAGCUCCAUUUCCUUUGUGCUGAGGACACCAAAAUCCACCAUCUCAACCAUCCGAGAUGACCACCGCCGCCAUCACCACCUCAGUCUUCGUUUUCCUCCUCCUCUUGACCACCACCUCCGCGGCCCCAAUCCUAGGCCUAGACUCCUUCCUAACCCAGCAAUCCCGCCUCGACCCUCAAGCCAUCAACGACUCCUUCCUCUCCCUCCCUUCCUCCCUCAAAAAAUCCUUCUCCUCCCACUUCCCACAACCCCAUAUCCCUUCUCUCAUCUCCUCCCUCCUCUCCCUUUCCCUCCCUCUCUCCAUCCACCUCCGCCUUAUAGGCCCCUUCCCCCCUGACGCCCCUUCCGUCCUCUCCUCAUUCCUCUCCUCCGCCUCCCAGCCCCUUCACCACUAUCACGUCAUCUCCCCUUUCGAGUAUCAAUCUCAUUCCCUCUCCAUCCAACACUCCCUCCACCUCGACGUCUCCUUCUCCCCUCCUUCUCUUGCUUCCCAACUCUCCCAAUCCCUAACUUCCCAAAUCUCGGCUACCCCUUCCUCCCUCCGUUCCUCUCUCCUCUCCAUCCCCUUCUCCUCCGUCGACUCCAUCAUCAAGCAAGACUUCGAGAAAGAAAAACCCGUCAACGGAAUCUACCUCUACUUGCUCAAUCUGGGCCCCCAAUCCAAACCCUACGCUUACACCUACUCCCACGGUGAUUCCUCCCCUGCCUUUCCCAAAUGCUUGGGCACCAUCUGGACCGGCAAGGACCGCUACCUUUGGAUCGAUCUGGCCGCCGGCCCUGUCGACUAUGGGCCGGCAUUAUCUGGGGAAGGCCUUCUCCCCCGCGGCGAGUUUCACCCACUCGCCGCCCUCCACGGCCGCCCCAAAUCGCAGAAGGCUCUGUAUGCUGAUCUGGCGUCUCUGGUUUGGAGCGCCUACCAGGUACUUCUUGUGCCCUCUUUGAGAAUUCCUGUUCCUUUCGAGGCUUCCUUGGUAGUUCAGUUCAUACAUGUCUAUGGGUCCGAGAGCAAUAGGGAUUCCAGUGGUUUGGACUGGAAAGCGAUCGAAAGGACAUUUAUGGAUGAAGUUACUGAUGGGGGUUUGUUGUUGGGUGAUCAGUCGUUGAGUUUCAAGACUUAUGGGGUGAGUCUUGCAGGGUGUCCCAUUUGUUCCUUUGCCGUUUCGAGGUCGAUUAAUUCGUACACAGCGAGGUUUUUGUUUGAUAAUUAUACUUUGAUUGUGAGCGAGUAUUUGGACUCCAAGCGUUUGCAUCAGAUAUUGACGGAUUCGGCAGAGGAGUUUAGGAGGGUGGCUAGUAUUCCGGAGGAAUUAGGUCGGGUUCUUCCCGUUUACGUGUUUGAUUUGGACUAUAAUACUCACUUAUUGCUUGACCGAUAUCACCAGUCUGUUGCCUUCAAAGAUAUGGUUAUUGCAGUAAGGACGAGGAACACACAGACCGUGAGUGAUUAUAGUUGUAAUGGUCAUCACGUGUUUACUCAUACAAGGGAGCUUGAGCGGCCGCUUGUUGGUUCGAUUCUGCAGAGCAUGUGGGGAGUGUCCCCUACCCAUUUGCUGUGGAGUCCGAGGCAUAAUAGUACCUUGGUGGAUUACACAUGGAGUGUAGGGCAUACUCCGUUUGGGCCGUUCUCAGAGGUUUCAUCAUUGUCAUUUGUGCAGAAGGAUGCAGCUAGGAGAAAUGUUCUUUUGACAUCGUUGAACCAGAGCAUAACGAGUGCUGUUGACGUUCUUGAAUCCAUUGCUGCCCAUGGGGGAGAUAGAAAGCUACUUAAACGGAAUCAACAUGUUGAGUUCAUACAGAGGUGGAACUUGUUCAAGUACAAGCUGGACAAAGCAGUUUCUGCAUUGUCACAUUUGGAUUUUGAGAUGGCCUUAUACUACUUGAGAUCAUCAGAUCAUGAUAUGUAUGCCAUCCACUAUCUUGUCUAUCAUGCUUCUAAGGAACUGGAGGCAUCGCUCGUAUGCUUUAAGGACCCACCUUUUCCGUGGAAGUCAGUUUCUUUAUCUGCUAUAGGUUUCCUAGCUUUCUUUUACGUUUAUGCGAAAAGAGACAAACUGUUCAGAAAUAAGAGAAAGCAAUUUUGAAGCUUUUCACAGGAACUGAAGUUUGUAUUUUGAAUGCAAUACAAAACAUGUAUUUUGAAAGAGAGGUAAGCCGGUAGCCAGAAACUUCUAUUUAUCUGACUCAAAACAUUUGCUGCAGUUUGGCCCUGUUGCUAAACUAUUGUCCUGGUUCUUAAUAUUUAUCGGUUGCAGCAUGUAAUUUCAUGACUUGUCGGAUGAAUGCUAGCAGCAUGCACUCUUUUGGAAA